AUGGAGAAGGAGGAUUAUCUCAUUAAUGAUUCAGUUAUAAGAAAAACCCAAGGUAUAAAUGUAAAAGUCAAGCCGAGAAUGACAAUUUAUAAGCAUGUCGUUAUCAGAAGGCCGAGUAAAGAAGUCCCAGAUUUAAGCGCACAUUCUUUUUAUAGGACUUUACUCUACAUAAUAAAUAUAUAAAAUAAGAAAUUUGCAUUAAAAAUAUACUUUAUACCCCUUAUAUAGAUUCUUUAUCGAACAAAAUGCAAUGGACAGUUGAAAGGCCAGGGCAGACUCUCUCAAGGGACGAGCUGGAUCUCUAUGCCGGGAAGCGUUAAAAAGUGGGAUGCCAAAAAUGGUUUACAGUGUGAAAAAAAAAGUUGACAAGCAAGUGGGCCAAUUUUUAAAAUAGCUUUAUUAUCAAAUUAAUUUUAAAUUAAAUUGUACCCGUUUAGACUGGAAUUGAUUAAUAUCUUACUUACUUUUUUCUCUAUUCUGGGAAAUUUAGCUCAAAAGUAAAUUAGUUAAAUUAAGUAGAUUUUUAAAUAAACAAUGCCAAUUUGUUUAUGAUCAAAUGCUCUAUUAAAGCCAAAGUUUGUUUUGCACUUUUCAAAGUUCUUAAUGGCUCAUAAUAUAAUGCUAUUAAUGACUGAUAUGAUACUCCUUAGCAAAUUUAAUUUUUUUAGCAUGCCAUUUUUAACCUUUCCUGGUAUAGAGAUCCAGCUCAUCUCUUUGGGAGAGUCUGUCUUUGUCUUUCAACCGUCCAUUGCAUUUUUUUCGAUAAAGAAAUCUAUAUAAGGAGCACAGGAUAGCUAAAUUUAUGUAUAGAAUUGGCUAAAAAAAGUUAGAAAACGACGAGGAAGAAGAAGAAACUUUUGUCCUUGACCCAAACUUCAACAAAAACGCAAUUAAAGAAAAACUCAAAGCAAACUCCCAGAUCAUUGGUGGAGAGUUUAAGCUUGCGUCCCGAUUCAAAAGAGACGAUGCUUCAGAGCUGCGCAGUAAAUCAAUCAGAGACCCUUUAACGGGUAGCCCGGUCAUUGAAGAACACACAAGUGCUGCUAAUUCUCCAGAAAUAGAAGACUUCUCAAAUUCCAGCCCUCCUGAGCCACGCGAUUAUAAAAAUAUUUUCAUUACUGGAAAAGCCAAAAUCCCUGCAGAAAUUUUGGUUUCUAAAGAUAAAUUUGGCGUUAAGCUGAUCGAGGAAAACUUUAAUAAACUUGUUUAUGACUUUUUAUUGACUAUUUUUACAGACUGCGCCUUUUCUGUAGAAAACUUAUAUUGCUAUUAUAAUCCUUAUGACCAAAUUUUCAAUGGACUUAUAAUGGGAGAAAACGUGCCUAUCAGCAAAUGCUGCGAAGCCUCUAUUCUUUUAGUCUUAAGCCAAAAUUCAGGAGGAAAACUGAUUUGCACUUAUAGGUAUUGCAUUGUAAAAAAUAUUUGCAAUUUUAUAUUAACAGACACUUUAAGGAGUUUUUUAGCUGAGCUUAAUAGGAAAUUCCCGAAAAAAAGCAGGCCGGUAAGGAGCCUUACGCUUAGUUUCCAUUAUACCCAAAACAGAUCAUAUAAGAAAGUUAAUGAAAAAUUCCCGAUAACUAACAAACAGACAUCAUUGCCAAAAACAUCUAAAAGCUCGAAAACUGCUUAUAUUGGCUUUAAGACAUUAAGGGCUCCUAAAGACUCUCUUCCAAUACGAAUAAAUCCUCUCCAACAUAUUUUAGACCGAAACAAGUGCUUCAUGAACUCAACGGAGCUUUAA